AUGAGAAUCGUUGCUGUCGACCGAUUUAUCGGCUCGAAUUGGUAUCGUCGACCGCGGAAACGACCGCUAGUUGGUCCAACUGGGUCUCCUUUUUUGGAUAUCCUGGUUAUGCAAACUAGAUCUUGCCGUUGGUUCCGAAAAAACAAAUCUAUCAAUCCUCUAAAGCGAGUGACCUUUCGAGAUGAAGCCAUUAUAUCGAUGUCGGUGGCCGGUGAAGUAACCGACGCUUCAAUCGUGGAAGUCGGCCGUUCUAGACCACAGUUUCAAUAUUCUCGGGAGGAUCUAAUGCUGAUAAAAAAUUUGCGAUUAUCUAGACGUAGGCCUACAUUCCUGGAUAUCGCUUAUAACAACUCAAGAGGUGUUUGGGAUCCCGAACGUUGGCAUUCGGAUAGAAAGCGUAGCGAUACACCCCCGAAAGAAGAAAGAACUGGACGUGGUGAUCAAAUCACUGAGAAUCAUAGUAAGCGACGUAAUAAUGGCGAUCCACGAGACCGAAUACGUAAAGAGCAAGACGGCAUCGUUUUGAGCCCCCAACGGAGAAGUUUUAAUUCGGGAUGUUUUGUUAACGUGAAUCAGCCACCAAACCGACGUCCGGAGAGCCCGAUUGGCAAAGCAGAAGUCAGCCAUCGUGAACCAGUUCGUCGAAUCGGUAGCGGCAGGAUUUUGACACGGGAUAUAUGGGACUUUAGAGCGGAAAACGAAAAGAUCGAUUCUGAGCGUGCGGAUUAUGGUUUUAGAUCAGGCACGGCUGCUGGUGGCUCUCUGCGUGAUCGUGAUAACAGAGAUAAUCGUGACGGGAAGGAACGAGACAGAGAUCGUGACAUGCGGGAAAGGGAACGCGAUCGCGACAAUCUACGUGAGCGAGACGAGAGGUUUGAGCGGAGAUCAUUCGGCCGAGAUUAUGGAGAUCGUAGCGAAAGAGAGCGCGAUCGUGGCGAUAGGGGAAUGGAGCGAAAUGAACGGAAUAAUCAUCAAAUGGAACGUGAUAAGGACCGCGGACGCGAAAAGAGAUUCAGCAACGAUCGUCGACGGACUUAUAGUGACAAUCGCGAUUCGGACGAGCCAGAAUGGUUCAGCUCGGGACCUACAUCUCAACACGAUACAAUUGAGCUCAGAGGUUUUGAAGAUAUUCCGGAGGAAAAGGUGGUGAGCAGUGGUAAUACCAAGAGUAAGAAACAAACUGCCGCGCAAAAGAAACGAGGCAAGAGGAAUGCCACAGAGAAAGAAGACAAAUCGAAUGAGAACUCGGCGGGCCCUAAAGGACGCAGCACUCCAACCGUCAUGGAUCAACCUAUAAACGUUGUACCGGCGCCACAUUCUCCAAUUUCUGAACAAACUGAGCAAUCUAUCACUCAGAACAAAGAGAAUGAUGUCAGUGAAAGUACCGAGCCGACUUCCGAAUCGGGUGAGAACUCUGGCGCAAAUCAGAAUCAAGAGGACUCGCAUCCAGAUUUUAAUCUGGAUGAGUUCCUGAAAUCUGAUACGUUCCCUGGCGUCUCUGGAUUAUUGACGAAUGGAGUUGGAUCGAAUAGUGGUACUGGUUCGCGAUUCAGCCAAUGGUUUAAAAGAGAAAGUCCAGUUCAACAGGUGGAUAGUCGUAGAACUUCUAUACAAGAUGAAUUGCUGAACAAUUUAUUGAACGACAUCACCGAGCCAAAUAUUCAAAUACCAUCGGUGACGGAAUCGAAUACUUACUUCGCACCAAUUUCUCCGGCCAACACGACCAAUAAUGCUAACACGACCACAAAUGGCGUCAAGUUACUCGAAAUGUUACAUCGCGGUAAUAAGCCGAAUCAAAAUGGACAGGGUGACGCGAGUAAUACGGCUAUACCUAUGAUGAAAAAUUGUUCUAUUAAAGAUUUGGAAGUUGGUGGCAAAGUUGUGCAUAGUUUGGAAGAAUUGGAAGCACGUAUGCGGGGUGGUGCUCCUCCACCUGCGACUUCGACUGAUACACCCCGUGUAAAUAAGACUGAAGAUCUCUCUGCUUUUAAGAAACUGCUUGCUCAAGUGACUGGAGGACAAGCUGUGCCUGCAGCUAACGGACCUAUCACUCAAAAACAACCUGUAACGUUAAUGCAAUUACUUAAUUCGCAAUUGAAAACCCAACAGUCAUCAAUGCCACAUCAGCAGCCGCCCGCAGAACCAAUUCAUACUACAACAUUUAAUCACGUUGGUCCCCUUGGUCCUACUCAACAUCCCCAUCAGGUUCAGAUGCAACAUGAGAAUUUAAUGAAAGUCUUGCAAAUACAGCAACAGCAGCAGCAACAACAACAGCAGCAGCAACAACAAAAGCAACAACAACGACAUUCCGAUAUGCUAUCAAUGAUGAUGGGUAAUCAACGGAUGUUAGGUGUCAGUCCAGUGCCAGCGGAGAUGCAAAUGAUGAUAAAUAAUGUCCCGUCGAGCCAAGAACUUUUGCAACGACCGGAAGCUCAAGCAAUCAUUCAAGGUUUACAGCAAGGCGAGAUCACUAGGCAACAUCUAAUACAACAGUUGCAGAAUCCUGCAAUGCAACAUCGCCAUCGAGAAGUGCUGGUGAACAUUUUAAAAAUGUAUGGUGGUACCACACCUCGUACGAUAAGUCCACAUCCUCAUCCCGCUGCUCCUAUCCCUCAAGAGCACAUUCUACAACAGAUGCUGUAUCAGCAACAACAGCAGAGAAUUCCAUCUCCUAUGAAUAACGCUUAUUGUCCACCUCCGAUAAUAUCACCAAAUUUAACAGCUAAUCCUAGUACUUUAACAGUACAACAUCCAGUGAUACCGCAUAGAGUACCAUCUCCAAGGGAGAUUGUUAUGCAUACUCAGUCUAUAAUGCAAAGUGCUUUAAUCAAGAAGAAGUUGGAGGAGCAGCGUGAGAAUUUCCGUAAGCGACAGGAUCAACAACAACAGCAGCAGCAGCAGCAGCAACAGCAACAACAGCAGCAACAACAACAAGUUCAGCAGCAGCGCACGUCGAGCCCAGUUAAUUCACCAGCUAAGCAAACAGCGAGUCCGCUCGCUUUCACUCCAACCUCCGUUUUACGCAAAAUGACUGCUGAUAAGGAACCUGACGGAAGCAGCAAUGAGCCACCCAAAUUGUCUACACAAACUCAGGCUUCUCAGAUGCAACAAAUGCAGUCGGCUGCGGCUCAAUUACUUGCACAGGGAGCUCUGUCUCGACAUACUGCAUUGCGAUCGCAACCCGUUCAAUCGACAUGGUCGAAUCCAUCUCUCAAACAGCAUCCAGGUCGACCUAUAGUAAAAGGUAAUAACAGCAACACUAGCAGCAAUCAGUUCCAAUAUAAUACGGGAAAUGCGGAAUUCCAACAACAGCAUAGAACAGUGCCGAAUGUUUAUGGCAACCCAGCACGAUCUAAACACACGAUGGCAACUUCGUUACCGCAUCAUAAUGUUCCACAAUAUAAUAUAGCGCAAAACUCGAUUAUGAAUCAGAGAUCAAAUCCUAUGAAUACCCAGAUGAAGACACAGCAAGUCUCAACGCAUCUUGCUAACAUGCAACAACCACCACCAUCGCACGGAACCGUUAAUAUGCAACAACAACCGCCGCAAAGGGCUGUAAAUACGCCUAUGCAACUUAUCAUGAGCCAAAACUACAAUUCUAAUCGCACAGAUGGACAAACGAUGCGAUCGCAGCAGUUGAACAUGGCAGUCGGCCGUCAACCUUCACCAGGCCUCGGAUUUGUGGGUAGUAACGGAGGUGAUCUUUCGCCAACAUCUAAUCAACUUGCGCGAUGGUUCAGCCCAGAGCUUCUCGCUCAAGCUCGGGCUGGCAAGCUUCCAGAGCUUGCACAAACAAACGUCUUGUCAUUGGAAGAACUCGAGAGACUUCAACAUGCAUCAACCAUAGUGCAUAACUAAAGUGACAUCGGACUCAAAUUACAUUUCAGCUUUACAAGCACGAAAUUACAUUGGUAACGCUACUAUUGGUCGGAGAAUCGGUAUUAUUCAUACAUUCUCCUUUACGUCCGAAGCACCUCUGUAACAUCUCCUAUACGGAUGCUGGAUACUCGUCGUUAAAUUGGUGCUCGUCUACGUAGAUCUUUUUAUCAAGUCUUCGUAUCGACAAGAGAUUUAUCGAAGUAACGCCAUGUGUUUUGAUUAGGAAUAGAGUCGAUUAAUCAGUUGGACAGUAUUUCUCUUUCAAAAGAUCUUUUUUUUUUAUCGAAAAAGAUUCUUGAUAUCGUUUGUGAAGCCAUUUUUCCAAGUUUCGCGGAAUGUUAUUUAGAAACUACAAAUAUACAGAAUACUAUAUGAUAUAGAACAAAGCGUUAGAACGAAGAAGUGGACACAGCUUUCUACAAAAACGACGUAUUGUUUAUAAGACUGAAAAAAAUGUGAAAAUUCUUAUUGUUGAUUGUAUGACAAGCUGUUAGAGCUUCAUGUGCGUACUUUCUAAAUGACAUCACACGAUAAGAUCUAUUUGCCUAAGAUAGAACUGCAAGUUUCUUAUGUACUCUAUACAUGUCUCAUCAUCUAGCAAGAAUGUGAAAAUUAUCUGGCGAUUUGAGCAACUUCAAUAUAUUUUUAUUCAGAAUGUAUCUGUUUUAAUCUCCGAUUUCCACAUUAGUUAUCUGAUAUUACGAGAAUAUACUGUGAUUAUAUUUUGCUAAUUCAUAAAUACUGACUUGUAUGAGUGUUGUAUGAUUACGUUCCUUAAAUUUGGAACAAAGUAAAAUGACGUUUUUAUUACUGUCAGCACAGGCAUAAAAAUAUAGUCUAUAUACUACAUAUGUGUCGAACGUAAAAACGUAUCGUUGUUGCCAACAGGAAUAAGAAUUAGAUAAUCGAUAUGUUUAAUGUAGUAUUAUUUAUAGAAUACAUCACGCUUGCUUAUUUACAAUGGGACUUGCAAAAACCCUUAGGCAAAUAAUACGCAAACUCCUCGAACUUGUGAAUUGCAAGCUCUAGCACCUGAUUACAAUUACUUACACGAAGUGGUGGUGUCGUAUUUAAUAUUCUAUUCGUAUUUCUGCAAACAAUGCGAUCUUAUUAACACGAAAAGCGUACGAAAAUAAAAUGAGUAUGUGACAUCACAAGUCAAACAUAUUAUAAAAAUAAAUAUAUAAUAUAUAUUUCUCGUGUGUAGAAGAGCGCGUGAGAGUGCGAAGUUAUUGUCACGAUCGAAAGUGAUAUAUAGAACGAACUGUUUCUUAAUAAAGAAGCUCGGAAGAUACAUAGAAGAAUCGUUCGUAGAAUUAAUUAAAGAAAAUGAGAACAUUCCACCAGUUAAUAAAGGAUCAAAUUGAACGAAAUAACUUUGAGAAUUUCGAUCGACAUUAAUAUUGUUGCUAUGACAUGCAUUUGCUUUCGAU